AUGGCCGGCGAUUCAAACUUGACGAGGGAGUUCUUUGAGAAGCAAGAGGUUGAUGACACUUUGCAGAGAAUCCGCGAGCAGUAUUUAGCUUCGAAAAAGAACCUACAGGAGUUGAUGAAGAAGCAGAAUGAAGAGCGUCCAACGACUAAAAACUUUUCUCCGGCUCUGAAGGAUUUAGAUCCAGUCGGGGCUUUCAGAAAUUCUAGUAUUGGGGUCCGCGACGGCGCUCCUGCUGCUAGAGGUCCAACGGCGGAUGAUCUCGUGUUGCUGAACGAAGUGCGAUCUCUCAAGAGAUUGACAAUAGAACAACAACAGCUGAUAAGACAAACGACGAACGAAUUGUUGAUACAGAAAAGAAUGACGGCGGAGCUACAGAAUAAGAUUUUGAACUUACAAUCGCAGGUUUCCUUUCUGGAAAGCAAUUUCUUUAACUACCAUGAGAGCGUGUCUCCGCAGGCACAUGCUACGCCGGCUGUGCCGCCGCAAAGAACUCAAACGCGAAGCUUCUCGCCAUCGGCAUAUUCUCCGCCCCUCGAGGACAAUACUAUGAGAUUGAUCCAAAUAUCCAAGCCCAAGUAG